AUGUCCCGCCGCGUACCAAUUGAGUUGGGUGGGCGAUCUGGCCUGGUCGAUGUGUCAUUGUGCUCGUUAUAUCAUUGUCGUCGGCAUCGCGAGCAGCGGGGUUUAUCAUCGCUGUUUGGGGGAAAAUGGGAGAAUGGAGACCUCCCAGGGGAUCCGCAUCUGGUGCGACUGUUACCGGACGGAGUUUUUUCUGUGAUAGAGAUGAGGGUUCCGGGCACGCAACCGGAUCCGGGGAAGUUGGAUCAGAUGCUUCAUAAGGUUGCUGAUGAACGAUACCCUGAUGCUGGUGGUGGUAACUUGAUACUGUUCCGCCGUCAUCUGCAAAGGGAGCAUAAAAUGCGGGAUGCUGAGGCAGCGGCGGUGGUGUCCCUUCAUAUUUCGAUCCGUCUUGUGACGGUAACAACUGCCCCGAAGGAGUCUGUCUCGGAUCAGACUGGAACGACGACGAGGGAGCUCCUGGAUGGCAAUAAUAUUGCUCUGCCAUCUCCACAGCUGGCCUGGGUCAAAUAG